AUGAUGCACAAAGAAAGAAGUCACUUUUCCAGGGUUCUCCAAAGUGGCACGCACGCUCAAUCUGGGAAAACAUCCAUCUGUAAUCUGAAAUAUCAUGCGACAGUAUUUGAUCUUUUGGAUUUGCCAGUUUGGAGUUAUUCUCAUAAUUGCGCAAACGUCUUGGAUUUCAACUAUGAUUAUGCCAUAUUGUGCGUCAUUUCUCACCUUUUUACUUGAAUCGGCGAAGAGAAUCUGAUUCAAAAUGAAGUUUGGGAAGAAUAUUUGUAUCCUAAACGUUGGUGGUACCAAGUAUGCUUUCACAAGAGAAGUAAUUAAGGAUUUUCCUCUCCGAAGAGUGAGCAGAUUGCACAAUUGCGCCUCUGAAAAGGAGGUCCUGGAGGUUUGUGAUGAUUAUGACCGAGAGAGAAACGAGUUUUUCUUCGACAGGCACUCUGAAGCCUUUGUCUUUAUUAUGCUUUACGUCCGAUCCGGAAAACUCAGGUUUGUCCCGCAGAUGUGCGAGCUUUCCUUUUAUAACGAGAUGAUUUACUGGGGUUUGGAAAGCUCGCAUUUGGAGUUUUGUUGCCAGCGGCGACUGGAGGAUAGGAUGUCCGACACAUACACUUACUUUUCGGAGGAGGACAUCAAGGCAGAGGUGGAGUCCAGAGGGGAGGAGGAUCAGGACACCAGGUUCGCCUCUGGUGGAGGUAACGCGCGGUGGUUGGAAAGGAUGCGAAGGACUUUUGAGGAACCAGCUUCAUCUGUCGCGGCGCAGAUCCUCGCAUCAGUGUCAGUGAUUUUUGUCAUUAUGUCUAUGGUCAUCCUUUGUGCAAGUACUCUGCCAGAUUGGGAUACAGCCAAAAACAAUACUGUGGAAGAACACAGGUAUGCUUGGGGAAAAAAACUUCUGAUUAUAGAAGCAGUAUGCAUUGGCUGGUUUACUGCUGAAUGUAUAGUACGCUUCAUUGUCUCUCGGAACAAAUGUGAGUUUGUGCGCCGGCCCCUUAAUGUUAUUGACCUGCUGGCAAUCACACCUUACUACGUGUCUGCCGCUAUGACAGCACUGACAGGAGAGAACCCGCAGCUACAGCGAGCUGGAGUCACCCUGCGUGUCUUACGAAUGAUGCGCAUCUUCUGGCUAAUUAAACUGGCGCGUCACUUCCUUGGUCUGCAGACGCUCGGCCUAACGCUGCGCAGGUGCUACAGAGAGAUGGUCAUGCUGCUGGUGUUUGUCUGCGUUGCCAUGGCAAUAUUCAGUGCCUUGGCACAGUUGCUGGAGCAUGGACUUGACCUGGAGACUAGCAAUGAGGACUACGCCAGUAUCCCGGCUGCCUGCUGGUGGGUUAUUAUCUCCAUGACGACCGUCGGCUAUGGAGACAUGUACCCCAUCACCAUUCCGGGACGCGUGCUGGGUGGCGUGUGUGUCGUGAGUGGCAUUGUGCUUUUGGCUUUGCCCAUUACCUUUAUCUACCACAGUUUUGUGCAGUGCUACCACGAGCUCAAAUUCCGCUCAGCACGCUGUAUGCGAAGUCUCUCUUCUGAGUUUCUCAACUGACUUUAGCAAAAUGCAUCCUGAGAUCCUCCGAACCUGCUGGUCUUCAGCUUAACAUCACCUGUUCUUCUGUGCCUUUAUUUUUUUCUAUAAAAAACUAUACGUUUUUAAAUAUACCUAUUAUGACAAUGAACACUCAGCAUCAGCAUUCAGACUGUCUGAAUCAAACGGUAUAUCCAAAUAAUAACAUAAGUACCUCUGUACCGAAGGACACAAUCUGGAAUUCAUUAACUUUGGAAAAUACAGGCCUCAUGUACAAUUACAAUCCAAGGGAAUUGCAGUAGCCAAUGUUUGUGUUGUAAACCAUGCCUGUGUGAACGAACAAAACCGAUCCAACAGCAUUUCCCGAAUAUGAAAUGGACAACUGUGGCAUUUGACAACUACAGAUGGCCAAGCUGCCUGAAAUUGGCAUCUGGCGAGACCUUGUGUCCUGAUAGUUCUCCAGACUAGAAGGAGCUUAUAAAAAUGCUCAUGUUUCCAUGGCGAGGUCAGUCCGACUUGUUAAAUCAUUAAUUCAGCUCUAUGGCUGUAAAAGCCCUCAAAAAAGUGAAAAAGCAAGGAGAACGUAUGAAAAUGUUUAAAGGUUUUCGUUCUGGAGUGAAAAAGCAUUUGAGGAUGAAAUGAAACAAAUACUGUGAAACACUCAUAUUUGGCUUUAUAUUAAAGUCAGGCACAAAUGUGCCAUAUUAAAUGAAGUUGCAUUAUCUUGAUCAAAGAAGGGUAGUUAACAUUACUAAAUCGGAAGAAAAAACAUCAGCUGUUCCCCCAGACAGCGACAGAUCUGCAACCUGUCCAUACAUGACUGUGUGAUUCAAGACGCGUUAACUAAAUUGAUUAGCAAACACCUCACCCACACACUCAGCAGAAGGAGGGCUGUCACUUUCUUCCUUCUUCCUCUUCGAACACAAGCACAAAAUCGAACCUCUUUUCCUUAUUCGAGGGACUUUCGAUUUUAUGUUUCACUUCGGGCAGUUUCCCGGACAGGGUUUCAAAUAAUCCAGGACAAGGCCUUAGUUAUGUUAGGACAUUUAAGUAGUUUUUCUAAACAAACUUUACAAAAACAAUCCUGGUGUGGAUCUUGAGACAAAACAAUGGCAGUGAUAUAUGUUAAGAUAUGUCAGUACAAGCAAACAUGCAUUUUAGUCUGGGACUAGGAUAAGCCCUGUCUGGAACACCGCCCAAUGAAGUUUAAAGAUGGAAUUUGGACUGUAUUUUUAAGUUUUACUUCAUACGAUAGAUACACACCCUAAAUUUGUAAUAGUACCACCGUAAAGUAAAUAAUACAGAUAAAGCAGUCUCAUAAUCUAAUGAUAAGAUUAUCAAAGUUUCAAUCAUUUAUUUCACAUUGAUUUCAAUCUUUGACAUGACCUUACUUAAUCAAUAUUAAAGAUAUCAAGGUUAUAUUUUAACAGAAUGUUAUUUACGUUAUCUAAUAAAAAUGAUUUUAUUUAAAAAAAGCUACUUUUGCUGGGUUUUCACAGGCUGGGUCACAUAUUGGCAUUAGGUUUUAAAGACAACAGAUAUAAGUUAAAGCAUUGUGGAUGGAAUAUUUUUUAAAUCCAGGUCUCAAUGAUAAAAUGAUAAUAAAGUUUAAUUGUCAUACUAAUGUAAAGCUAUUUUUAAUAAUUGCACAAACAUUACUUGAUUAUCACAUUGUGCAUCCAAAAAGGAAUUCCUUCAUAUCAGUAUCAUUUUGUAGCUGAAGCAAGGGUAUUGCAAGAGAUUUAUGCUCAGUAUUCGUUGC